ACCUCUCCCAUCUCACCUUCAUUGCUGCCUGGAGACAUGAGAAUCUUUUCCUUAAUUGUUGCCGGGCUUGUUCUUCUCAUUCAACUUCACCCAGCCAAGGGCACACUGUACAGAAGGUUCCUCUGUAAAAAGAUGAAAGGACGAUGUGAAACUGCCUGCCUCUCCUUUGAAAAAAAGAUCGGGACCUGCCGAGCUGACUUAACACCACUGUGCUGCAAGGAGAAAAAGAAACACUGAAUUCUCAGCCCCAACCAUGAGCAGGAUCUCAGAAGAAACGUCUCCGGGCUGUCCCUCACUGGCCUCUUCUCCAGUUCUGGACUUUGUGAAGUCAGAUCCAUCGAGUGUCUAGGACAGCAGAAAGUGGCCUCCCUGGGUCUGACCUUCUGUGGGGCUGACACUAUCUCCUGUAAAUGAAGUCCAUACAAUACACUCUCUUUCUGUCACAGUCCAUGCAUUGUUCCA